AUGUUGGAAGAAGGGCUUCGUGAUAAAAAUGGGCAUCACUUCACAGCUUGCUGUUUGCAGGUUUGCGGGGACUGGCAGUGGCUGGUGAAGGCUGGCCAGCUAGGUGUACCAUGGGAAAACUAUCGCUCCAACACUGUUCCAGACUGGUGGGCCACCAUGCAUGUGGAAAGUCCCUUUGUUGGUGAACCUGCGUUGAACAGCACCUAUGCAAAUGGGCAAUGGUCCAAGGGUCACGUAACAACGAAGUUGUGUUGUUUCUUUGAAGCUUGGGCAUCAGAACAAAACCUUGAGGAGGAUGACCUCAUGAGACUUGCUCUGGAGACUUCCAAGAGAAUCAGCAUGCAUGCUACGCGCAUUGGCUUGCGGAAGGGUUUAUCACUUGGUGAUGCUGGGGCAAAAGGAAUGGUGGAGAGACUCAGUGCAAGGAGCCUGGUUUUGCAGGCCACUGCUGAUUGGCCGUUGGCGAGUGUGGAGCUGGGCCACCUUACGCUUCAAAAUCAGUCAAGUGAGUCGUCAGCUCAAAGCCACGAAGCAGAAAUGGAACGUAUUCAAGAAUAA